GUGGUGCGUUGAUAGAGAAAUAUGUAGCCGAAUGAAUGAAGUAGAAAUACUUUGUGCUUCAUAUUCUAAAGAGAAGGUCGCACAAUAUUAUUAUAAAAAAAAAACUAGUUUUUAAAAAGUUGAAAACAUAGCGAGAGGAUAAGAGAGCUGGCUUUACACCUUAACCUGCAGCCAAUCAGCGGUAGUGAGGAACACACAUGGACAGACGGUGAUAUCUACGUCCACUGACGACGUGAGAUCGUAGGAAACAAAGAAAACCGCUUGAUUACCUUGGCACGUCUGUUUGGUCAGCGGAAGUGUUGUCAAUCACGUUUUACGUUUGAUUUUAUGAUUUUGAACUUAUCUUGGGCGUGUUGAGGCUUGCUUUGUUGUUGAGCAACUCAUUGGUUUGUUGCGACUUCGCCAAGCCGCUUUGUCAGUUUGUGUCGGACUCGGGAGACAGCGUCUACUUACGAUUCAUGGCGUAUUAAGCCCCCAAACUAAUUUUAAUGUGUCCGUUUUUCCCUGGAAACCCCGUUUACAGACAUCGCGCAACCGCUUUUGUUCCAACCCAGCCAUAAAAAGAAGGUGACUGACUAUCCUGACACAAAGAAUUCAGAACUCGACCUGAGAAUUCUACUGGAAAACAUGAAGGAGUCACAUUCUCCCUGGUAGUGGAGCAUGAGUGUGUUCACCUGCAUCUUUGCCAAUGACUUAACAUCAAGAUUUACCGCUUACUCACUAGGGUCUACAGUGCAUCCAUUGCCUUCAUCCCCUUCCCUUAAAAUCACAUCACAAUGGGCCAGAAGAUUGCAGUGAGCCUUAAGUCAGAGGAUGUAGCUGGGGUGCCUUCAUAUGGGCCGUUGCGACCUGAAUUACAAGAGCCAGAUUUCUGCCGGCCACCUAGACUGGAUUUACUUCUGGACAUGCCCCCAGCCAGUCCUGAGAUUCGGCUACGCCAUGCCUGGAACCCUGAUGAUCGAUCUCUAAAUGUCUUCGUUAAAGAAGAUGAGAAGCUGACGUUUCACCGGCACCCAGUGGCACAGAGUACAGACUGUAUCCGAGGCAAAAUGGGUUACACCAAGGGUCUCCAUGUUUGGAAGAUUCAUUGGCCAGCAAGACAGAGAGGGACCCAUGCUGUUGUAGGAGUGGCUACGAUUGAAGCACCUUUACACUCGGUGGGUUAUACUGCUUUAGUAGGAUCAGAUUCAGAGUCUUGGGGCUGGGAUCUGGGUCGAAACAGACUGUACCAUGAUGAAAAAAAUCGCCCGGAUUCUUCGACGGCACCCACAUACCCCAGCUUCCUGGAGCCAGAUGAAACCUUUGUACUCCCAGACUCCCUGGCAGUAAUACUAGAUAUGGAUGAGGGCUCACUGAGCUUUAUGGUAGAUGGACAGUAUCUUGGAGUAGCGUUUCGAGGCUUAAAAGGCAAGAGUCUGUAUCCCAUCGUCAGUGCUGUGUGGGGACACUGUGAAGUGACUAUUCACUACGUCAACGGACUAGAUCCGGAACCCCUCCCCCUCAUGGAUCUAUGUAGAAGAGUAACUCGCCUGACUUUGGGAAGAGAGCGUAUUCAUCACAUUGACACGCUCCCGCUGCCUCAGACUCUCAAGAACUACCUCCAAUACCAGUGAAAAUACAUACACUACCGUUCUCCCAAACUCAGCUAAAUUUUAAACACCAGGUAUCUGCCGGCGGUGUCAACAUGGAUGUUGACGGUGACUACAGGUUAAACAUGAAUAUGAUACUAACAGUGUUUUUAAUGUCCGGGUUUUUGUCUCUUCAUGGACAUAAUUUUACUGUAGCAGUUUAUAAAUGCCAUAGAGAUUAAGAUCUGUCUUCUGCUCCUUACAGACGCAUGCAAAUGAGUUUCAAUGAACGUACCUCAAUGCCUUAAUGAUAGGAAAAUUUAAUUGGACAAGAAUGGCAUCAAGCCACUUGAAACAGAUUUUAGCAAUAUUGUGAGAAGCGGUGCUCAAAAAGCCAAUUCAGAGGGAAUUUGGUUCCAAGUCAUGUCCAAAAUAUAUGUACAUUUGGAAUGCAUGGAUGUAUUUAAUGUAUCACAGCUGUACUUGCCUGCUGGCAGACAAAUAUUGCUUUUUACCCCUUCUCUAUUUAGUCUUCACUAUGUGCAAUCCUUCCACAUUUUACAUUGGCUCAUUCAUUGCAACCCCUCGAGACCUGAUGAACUCGUGGAUGGACUAUGUGACACACUUGCGCCUCAAUGACUGAUUUUAAGGUCUUUGACUUUGAGAUCUAAUGUGCCUUUUAAGAUGUUUUUUAAAAACAUGAACAAGCACCAGGCACUUCCUGUUUUUUUUUUUUUUUUUUUUUUUUUUUUUUUUAAAUGCUGCUUUUCUCAUUACUUGUUCUUAAAAAAUUUUUAGCCUUAGUUUUUACAUGUUAGGACUUUUUUUUUUUUUUUUUUUUAAUGCAUAUUUUGGGAUUUGUCUGCAGGAUAGGAUGUCUCGCAGGAAUCAGUUUCAGGACACGAGUCUUUUGAUUGUGAAUAAGAAUAAACUUGGCCAAACUCACACCUCUUCACAAUGUGUGCUCUCUCAAUAUCAUGACACAAUUUCACACAAACAUACGAU